AUGAGUAAAUAUCUUUCUAUAUCAGAAGAGUGGGUAAAAGAGAAAGUCAAAAUUUGCGGUGAAAAUCUAGAGGACAUAAAAACAUUAAUACUACAAGGAAAUUAUGAGGAAAAAAUUAGCUGCCUUGGGACUUCGUUAUUGCAUUUCUCAAGGUUAAAAAUUUUGGAUCUAUCAAGAAACGUAUUGAAAUCUAUCAGAGGUAUCGAACACAUUAGGACUUUGGAAGUAUUAAACCUAUAUUACAAUUGUAUAGAAGAGAUAAAUGAACUUCGAGUUCUAUCUUUCAACCAAAAUAUCAGAGAUUUGGACCUCAGGCUGAAUCCGGUUUCGCGUAUAAACUCCGAUUACAGGCUUUAUCUCACGUACAUCCUUCCCAAACUAAAAACGCUUGAUUGUCGUAUGCUGAGAGAUGCGGAAAGGAAAGCAGCCAUUUCUUUCUUUGGAACUGACUCUACAGUUGAUAUCUGUCCUUUGUCCAUGUUAAGGAAACUUGAUGAUAUGAGAUCACCUAAAGCCAGUAAAGCUAGACUUGAUCAUAGUCCGCACUUUAUUGAAAACACAGAUCGCCCAUUAAAAUGUUACCAAAAUCAUAAUAAAUCUUCACUAAAUCUGGAUAUAUGGCCAUGUGAUGGUUAUACUACUUUGAAUAAUCCACUAGUUUACGACGUGGAGGCUUACGAUUUAUCAACUAGAUCGCAAGAUCCAUGGACAAAUAAUAUUUUACGUGCUGAUUCAAAACCCAGAUUAAUGCUAUCACCGCUUGAUCCUCCCAGAGGUAUCAAACAUGCUGAGUUCUACAAUUGUAAAGAGAGACUACAAACAGAAUUAGAAUUUUCUGUACCCGGAAGAAAAGAUAAUGUUGAUGAAAAUGGACCGAUUAUUGACAAAAAUGGCCAUCAAUCUCAUAAGGAAUCCAGUGAACGAUGUUUAACCGUUGUCCCUUCAGAUGUUAAAUUAGGAAAUGGUCCACGUAUACCACCUAGAGGAAAACGUUUCACUCCAUCUUCUAUACUCUCUAAUCCAAAUGUCAAAAAAACUUCAGUAGAACAGGAUAAAAGUGAAUAUAUUUCUGAACUCAGUAAACAUACCGAAUCUUCAUGGAUGAGGAAUGACUAUAUAGACAGUUAUUCAAAUGAAAAGAUAGAUAAUGCAUUUUUUCUAAUAAUGAAAAACUUUAUUGAAGAAGCGGUUUCAGAAAGCUUUGCUCGUUAUAAAAUAAGUGAACUAAAAAAUAAUUUGUCAAAAUAUUCUUCGAAUAAUGGUUCAUUCGCUGCUGUACCAUCUACAACAUCUUCCACUAGUCGAAUUUAUUCAACCAUUGGUAAAUCACAAUCAAAUCCACACAUAGAUGUAACAUCUAACGGUCAUACAAAAAACACCAGUAACCAUAGCAAUGAUGUUAACAGUAAUUACAUAAAUGAAAAUAAAAAUCAUACAUUUCAAGAAGAAUUACUCAAUGGAAGUCGUAUCUUAAGCUUGGAGCAGUCAAGAAGACCUCAAGAGAAAAGAAUGGAAGUAAGUGAAUUCAAACAAGAAGGAAAUGAAGCAGAAAUCUCCAGAAUAGAUUAUUUUCCGUCAACGACUAGAGAUAGUCCUAAAUUAAUUCAAGAUGACAAUAUAAGAAAUAAAGAACUAGAAUGUGAAAAUUCUCGAUUGACAGCUGAAGUAGAACGAUUGAAAACACGUUUAAAAUUGUAUGAAGAACUUGCAUCCGCUAUGAAUUCAAAUAUGACUGCAUUUCAUCCUGUCAUGCCUUUAUCUCUGACUAAUUCACACGAAUCAGCAGGCGGAAAUAUCAGUUUUAAUAUAAAUGCCGGGUCUACGAUGAAACGUACAAUGUCCUUAAUGUCAUCAAAUCCAAAUUUAACAACCAAUCCAAAGACAUCGUCCUCAUAA